AUGGCAUUGGCAUCCUCCGCUCUCCCUCUCCCCACCACCACGCCUUCCUCCUCCUCACAAGCCAUAGCCACCACCACCUCUUUCUGUGCUUACCCUCUCGCAUUCUUCGAGUUCGAGGAGAAGGAGGCGGCGGCGGCGAUGGAGCUGGAAGAGCAGGCCUUCCUGGAGGAGAUCCUCUCCCUGCGGAGGGACGGCUGGGACUGCAAUGCCAUGGGGGACUUCUUCUCCCCGGCGGCGGCCAUGGACUGCUCCUUCCAGGACCGCCACCACCAGGUGCCCACCGUCAGCGUCCUCCCCACCUUCACCGCCUCCUACGCCCAGCCGCAGCCGCAGCCGGCGGUGGCGCCCGGCUUCGACUGCCUCAGCGAGGUCUACGGCGCCGCCGCGGCGUUCGGCGGGCCCAAUGCCGGCGACUACGGCGGCGAGAUGGGGUUCCUUGACGUCGUCGAGCCCAAGACGGCGGCGGCGCUGGUGGACGGCGGCGGCGGCGGCGCCACCGCGGGCCUCGGGGUCUGCAAGGUGGAGCCCGGCCUGGCGGAGAGCGGCGGCGCGUUCGGCCCUGGCCCCGGCGUCGCGCCGCCGCCGGCUCCGGCGUCCAAGAAGAAGAGGGUCGAGGGGAUGCCGUCCAAGAACCUGAUGGCCGAGCGCCGCCGCCGCAAGCGCCUCAACGACCGCCUCUCCAUGCUGCGCUCCGUCGUGCCCAAGAUCAGCAAGAUGGACCGGACGUCGAUCCUGGGCGACACGAUCGACUACAUGAAGGAGCUGCUGGAGAGGAUCAAGCUGCUGCAGGAGGAGAUGGACCAGCAGCAGCAGGAGGCGCCGGGCAUGCUCAGCGUCUUCCGGGCGCUCAACCCCAACGAGAUGGUGGCCAGGAACACCCCCAAUUUCGACGUGGAGCGGAAGGAGGGCGGCGACACCCGGGUGGAGAUCUACUGCGCCGCCAAGCCGGGGCUGCUGCUGUCCACGGUGAGCACGCUGGACACGCUAGGGCUCGACAUCCAGCAGUGCGUCAUCAGCUGCUUCAACGACUUCGGCAUGCACGCCUCCUGCUCCGAGAUGCAGAGGGACAUGAUCAGCGCCGACGUGAUAAAGCAGGAGCUGUUCAAGAACGCUGGCUACGGCGGGGGCUGCUUGUAG